GCUUUACGAUGAUACACCAUCACCACCACUAGUACAACAACAAUAACAAUAAAACGCUUGUUAUUGGUAUUUCUUUCGUUCAAUCAACCGCGCGCCAUAUUGCAAAAGUUCGUUCAGUCAAGAUCCGGUCAGCUGCGCUGCAAGACGUUUUAACAAAAUUUUUUGAGCACAAGAGUAAAAAAUAUUUUUGCUUGCUAAAGUGUUUCAUUGUGUGUGUGUAAUUUUAUUAGAAAAAAUUUUAAGAAAAAAAUUAUGCAUAUUAAAAAUACAUAUUGAAAUCCAUUAAAAAUAUUAAGAAAAUUGCAAACACCAGCUUUUGGAUUUCUUUCAAACAAAAGUUAUUUAAGAAAAAAACAUUAAAUUAUAAUAAAAGAAAAAUACCUGUUUAAUGAAAAAUUAAAAAAAAAUCUAAAAGGUGUUGCUUAACAAAAUGGCGAAAGUGACGAAAAAUUCAAGUGCAUUAGGAACACUUUAGUAUUUCUAGAUAUUAAAGAAAGAAUACCCAUAAAAAGGAUUGAAAUUUUGUCAAGAACAAAACAUAUUUUAUAUAUAGAAGGAAGGAACUUUUAACGUGCUCAUAUGGGACCGUAUGCCACGAGUUUCUCGUAUAAAAAGUCUACAAGCAGGCCUCAACGUAGCGCACAGAAUAGUGACGUAGAGGAUAACCCCAUACGGUCGGUCUUUAAAUAAAUAAGCACUGUCAGUGCUUGUUUUCCAUAUAUAUUCUUUUUUAAAGAAUUAUACUAGAAUUUAUUUAGAAAAAUACAGUUGUAAAAGUGCUUCAAUAUAAAAAAAAACUAAGAUUUUUUAAAUCAAAUUUGUGCAGCUAUAUAAAUGUUAAUAAAUACAGAAAUUUCUUGAACUUUACAAAUGUUAAAGUAAUUCUGAGAUUUUAAAUAAAUAAAUAUCAUCAUACUCGAAAAUAGGUCACUUAAGCUAUUAGUGGCCUCAACUCCGAACAGCUAACACAACAACAACAUCAAUCUCUCUCGCUCAAAUCGGAACGAUUGUGACAGCUGCUUACAAGGAACAAAAAAAGGAUAAUAAUUUGUAUACAACUACACACAUCCACUAACUAAAGAAACGUUGUACAAUGCAAAAUAAUCCAAUGAAAAAACGUUGUAAUUAUAAUAUACAAAAAUCCAAGAAAUACCAACAAUUGCAAUUGCAACAGCAGCAACUAUUACUGAAGCAAAAAGAAGUUACAAAUAUAGAUAAACGUUACAAGCGUUAGAAGAAACCCAACUCUUCUGUAUUUAUUAAACAAUAAUAAUAAUAUUUAUAAUAAAAUAGUAGUAAUACGUUUUCCAACAGAAAAUAACUAAAACCUACACUAAAAAAAGUGUAAUCCAAUAUAAACUUUUUAUCAUAUAAACCUUUUAACUUAACUUAAAAGUUAAACAAACAAAAAAAAAAGAAAACCCUAAAACCUUGCAUAAAAGUUUAAAUAGCAAGAUAUUAAAAGUGAAACCAUUAAAAAUGAUGAAACGUACUCGCGAAGAAGUACAGUAUGGUGCACGCCCAGGUCCUGGUGGCGUGGGCGGUAGUGGCGGUGGAGGAGGAGGAGUUGGUGGUGGUGGCGGCGUUGGCGGUGUUCCCACUACGGCUGGUGUUGUAGCGGGAACGGCAAAUGUCACCACUGGAGCUUUAAAUAUCGGCACUGUUGUGCCCGGUGCACAUACAUCUACAGGUGGUGGAACUACAACAUUGAAUGUUGGAUUAGGAGUUGGAAAUAUAACAACGACAGGUUCCAUUGCCCACCAUAGAAUUUUGACUCCACAACAUGGUGGUGCCCAAACUAUAGCUUACUUACCCUCAACCACACCCGUUACGGCAUCUAAUCUAAAGUCUGCCGUUGUGGCUGACAGCAGUGUUGGCGGUAAUAAUGAUGGCAAUUCUGGCAGCGGCAGCAACGUUGGCGUUGGUGGUCGUAUAACACAAUUAAGUGCUAAUACGGUUGUAACAUCAGGUGGUGGUCCUGGUUCGGGAAAUUCUAAUACUGUUGUUCAACCGCAAACUGUACAGUAUUCAACCUCCUAUAACGUCUCUUCCUUACCCACUGGUGGUACUAUAAAGACAGGACCCGAUGGUGGUGUACAAAUUCAUGUUACAACUGGCAACGUUGGCUCGGGAACAGUGCCUCUUGUUACGAAUACAACUGUGCCACAAAACGCAAACUCUGUGCGUCAACGAACAAUAAGUGGCACACAGAGCAGCAGUAUUUCAUCAUCUUCACAGCCGCUGGUGCAGCAGACAACAUCAGCACAGACCGCACAAAUAACAAGCGGCAGUACGAAUCCGACGCCAGCACCUGGUCAACCAGGUGCUCCUCCCCGCCUCAAAGUGGAGGACGCCUUGAGCUAUUUGGAUCAGGUGAAAUAUCAGUACUCGGAUCAGCCGCAGAUCUACAAUAAUUUCUUGGAUAUUAUGAAGGAGUUCAAGUCACAUUGUAUCGAUACGCCUGGUGUUAUACAACGGGUGUCAACAUUAUUCAAAGGCCACACAGAGUUAAUUUACGGCUUCAAUAUGUUUUUGCCGCCAGGCUACAAAAUCGAAAUUCAUUCCGAUGAAUUGGGUUGCUCGGUGCCAGUAGUGUCAAUGCCCUCGCCGCCGGGCUCAGCACCAGGAAGUGGCACCACCAUACAUGCGGUAUCUGGUACGGCCAUGACCAAUUUUAGUCAUAAGACGAGUAGUGGCACAACAACCACGGUACAUCAAUUACAGACCACUGGUACAGGGGCUGCGGUGAAUCUAAUGACACAUGGCGGUGCUUCACUUCCGCAAACAACCAUACAUGCUCUCCAGCCGCCGGCAGCUGCUGCCCAACAAGCCGCAAGUGCUGUGGCCAGUAGUGCGGGAGGUGGUAAUCAUACACCCACACAUGUACCGCAUGCUAGUGCUUCACCCGCACCAGCUCAAGUUACAGUGGCUGCUGUUAAUGCGGCGCCACCACCACCUAACAUGCCUCAAAACUAUUCGCGUGAUCGUGAGCGUAGUGCGGCCGCUAGUAUUGCUUCGACAGCCGGUGGCAUGGUUGUGGGUGGCCCUCCAACGCCAAAUCCCAUAAAUGAUCUUAGCCCUCAGACGGGCGCCCAAGGUCAUCAUAAUUUGCAUCAUAUAUCUCAAGCUCAUCAGUCCAUGAUGUUGGCAGAAUCAGCAGCCGCACCCGGUUCAGCGCCUCAACAGCCAGUAGAAUUCAAUCAUGCCAUAACUUAUGUUAAUAAAAUUAAGAAUCGUUUCCAAAAUCAACCCGAAAAGUACAAAAAAUUUCUCGAAAUUUUGCAUACUUAUCAGAAAGAGCAAAAAGUCAUCAAAGAAGGUUCUACGGGUGUCAAUCAGGGUAAAACGCUUACCGAACAAGAAGUUUACACCCAAGUGGCCAAACUAUUUGGCCAAGAUGAGGAUCUACUGCGUGAGUUUGGACAAUUCUUACCCGAUGCCACCAAUCAUCAGGCCCAACAGUAUAUGACAAAAUCUCACAAUGAUCACAAGCGUGCUACGACAGCGGCUUUGAGUGGUGGUGCCCAUAUUACCAUGUCACCGGCUGGGGCAUCAGCCGCAGGUUCACCGCUGCACUUGAGCAGUGGUGCCACUUUGUCACAAAUCAAUGCUACACCCCAUGCAGCGGCAUUGGGCAAUCUAACGGCUGUAAAUACAAGUGUCAGCCUCAAGUCGACCUACAAUAAUUCUCAACAGAAUCAUAUUAUUAGCUCGGGUCGCGAUAGUAGUAGCGGUGUGUCAACGGCUGCUGGUGAUAUAUAUGAUAAAGAUUUCCGUAGCUCUAAUGCAGCAGCAGGUGGAGCAGGUGUUCAUGUCAAUAUUCAUCAUCAGGUGGGCUCUCACCAUCAUCUAGCAGGAGGAGCUGGCAGUGGCGGUGCUAGUGCUGGCGGAAAUUUAAAUAGAUCAUAUGAUACUAAAGAUUCGCAUCGCAGUAAUCAUCAUGCGGCCUCUGUGGUAACGGGCACACAAAAAUAUUUGGCUCACCAUCAUCAUCCCCAUAACCAAACCGCCUCAAAUAUGGGCGCCGCCAAUAUGGGCAACAUGACCAGCCAUAUUUCGAAAAAAUCUCCCAGCUACAGUGGCCUGCCAGCGGGAAUGCCCUCGGGGGGCUUGCCUCAUCUGACCGGUACCACAAAUACGGGCGGUCUAAAUUAUGCCACAUCUCAAGUCAAUGCCUAUCACAAUCAAAUAACUCACACGGGUUCACGCAGACAUGCCGUCGACGAUAUUGGUGGUGUAGGAGGUCUAGGUGUCCCACCGACUAAGCGUCACAAACCCAUCUGUCGAGAUAUUUCCUUUUCGGAAGCCUCUCGCAAAUGCAGCAUACAAGAUGCUGCCUUCUUCGAUAAGGUACGGAAAUCGUUGCGCAGUCCCGAAGUUUACGACAACUUUUUGCGUUGCUUAACCCUGUACACACAAGAAAUUGUUUCCAAGACUGAACUACUCACGCUGGUUACACCGUUCCUUAGUAAAUUUCCCGAACUAUUCCGGUGGUUCAAUGAUUUCCUGGGCCCACCCAUUUCCCAAAUGUCGGGUUCAACGUGUGGUGGUGGCAGCAUUGGGGGCGGUGGCCUUACGUCUGGUCAUUUAGAGGGUAUACCCCUGCAAGCUGCCCAACGACAGAGUGGUGCAAACAGUAAUACCGGUUCGUCGUCGCAUGCUGGCAAUCUAAAUGAUCGCCAAAAUAGUUUACAAAGCAGUGAUCAUCAUCAAGAAAUUGAUUUGUCAUCGUGUCGACGUUUGGGGGCAUCGUACUGUGCCUUGCCCCAAUCGACAAUACCGAAAAAAUGUUCUGGUCGUACACCACUGUGUCGUGAGGUACUAAAUGAUAAAUGGGUCUCAUUCCCCACCUGGGCUAGUGAGGAUUCGACAUUUGUUACAUCCCGUAAAACGCAAUUUGAGGAAACCAUUUACAGGAAUAUUCACAGAACUGAAGAUGAACGCUUCGAAUUGGAUGUGGUGAUUGAAACGAAUAGUGCAACAAUACGUGUCCUAGAGGGAGUACAAAAGAAAAUGUCACGUUUAUCGCCUGAAGAAUUGGCACGCUAUCAUUUGGAUGAUAAUUUGGGUGGCACGUCACAGACAAUACAUCAACGAGCCAUUUAUCGUAUUUACGGUGAAAAGGCUGGAGAAAUUAUUCAGGGUCUUAAGAAGAAUCCCUCCGUUGCGGUUCCUAUAGUUUUAAAACGUUUAAAGGUCAAAGAAGAGGAAUGGAGAAAUGCUCAAAAGGGUUUUAACAAACAAUGGCGUGAACAAAAUGAAAAGUAUUAUCUUAAAUCUUUGGAUCAUCAGUCUAUUAAUUUUAAACCCAAUGAUAUGAAAGCAUUGCGCUCGAAAAGCCUAUUCAAUGAAAUUGAGACACUUUAUGAUGAGCGUCAUGAUCAAGAAGAUGAAAAUGGCGAGCCCAGCACGGGUCCACACUUAACAUUGCCCUAUAAAGAUAAAACCAUAUUGGAUGAUGCUGCCAAUCUCUUAAUACAUCAUGUUAAAAGACAAACUGGCAUCCAAAAACAAGAAAAAACCAAAAUUAAACAUAUUUUAAGACAAUUUGUGCCUGAUUUAUUCUUUUCCACAAGGCAGCCCUUAAGUGAUGAUGAACGUGAAGAUGUAUUCCCAUUUCUAUUAGACGACAAUGAUAAAAUGGAUGUAGAUUCCAUGCCAUUCAAGCAGGAUAAAUAUAAAAACACAAAUCUGACAUCAUGUGCAGCGGGCACAACAGCAUCAUCAUUGUCAUCAUCGGGUGCAGCAGAAGCAGCAACCACGACCACAAACCUAAACGCUGCAGGAACGACGACGACGACGGCUAUUAAAACCGAACUUGAUGCAUUAGAUACAAAAGAUCUAGCAACAAUAACAACACCUGUCAUAAAUCAUACAUCAACGGAAGCCCUAACAACAAUAGCAAGCGCCGUCACAACGUCGACUGCAGCGGCCAGUUCAUUAGUAACAGUGGCGUCAUCCUCCUCUUCCUCCUUGGCAAGUGAUAUUAAACAUUUAGAGUCUAGCAAUAAUAAAAAUGCUGAAACGGCUAUAGCAACUUCUAUAGCAGUAUCAACAAUAACCACUACAAGUGCUACAAUGACAACAGUUUCUGCUGCUGCCGGCGCCGCCGCCGCAUCUUCUUCAACGUUGGUGUUAGGCGAAGGAAAAAUGUCGUCGGCAGGUCCCCCCUUAACGGGCGAUUCGAAUACAAAAACUGAAGGAAUGACAGCAGCUAACAUGGAGACGGCUACCACGACAAUAGCCACUAGUUUGACAACUACCACAGCGGCCAACACAACAGCCACAACAACUGUAUUGUCAAGCACCAACAGCAGCACAACUGCCCAUUCAGGCAGCCUCAUUGUUUCCAAUGAGAGCAUUAAAACGGAAAUUAAACAAGAAGACGAAGAAAUGCCCUGCACCGAUAUACCAGUACCGCCUCAUGCGAUUAGCAAGCACAUGGACGAGGCCUACACUCUAUUUUAUGCCAACAACAAUUGGUAUUUAUUCUUUCGUUUGCAUGCCAUUCUCUGCGAACGUUUGCGCACCAUGUAUGAACGCUCCCAGCUUAUAAUCGCCGAAGAAGAGAAAUACAAACAAAAUCGUCGCGAAAAUAUUGCUCAAGCCUUAAGACUGAAACCAAAAUCCGAAGUUGGCGUAGAAGAUUAUUAUCCGACAUUCUUGGAUAUGCUUAAAAAUGUGUUGGACGGCAACAUGGAUUCGAAUACAUUCGAAGAUCAAAUGCGUGAGAUGUUUGGCAUACACGCAUACAUAUCAUUCACUUUGGACAAAGUGGUCUCGAAUGCCGUCAGACAAUUGCAAAAUUGUGUCACCGAACGAACGGCUUUGGAAUGUGUGGAACUGUUUCAUCUUGAGCAAAAGAAGGGUGCGGCCGGUGGUCUUUGUCGCAAUGCCCAUAAAACCUUUAAUGCUGAACAGCAGUAUCAACAUAAAGCUGAGGAAAUCUUACACGAAGAGAAUUGCUUUAAAAUUUAUAUUUAUAAAAUUGAUUGUCAUGUUACCAUUGAACUCUUGGACACGGACAGCGAAGAUGUGACAGAGCGAGAGAAACCUGUUAAUAAAGUUAAAACAUGGUCGAAAUAUGUCGAACGUUUAGCUAAUCCUGCCUCAGUCAAUGCAACAAAUCUUAAUUCACCUAAUGCCAACAAUAAUAAUAAUAACAAUACUUCGAAUAUGGAUACAAGCAAUAACUUGGCAAACAACGAAAUCAAAUCGGAACGCUGGGAUGAAGACGGAAUGGAUAUAUACAUGUUGCGUAAUCCGCGUUUCCUGAAACGCAAUAAACGCUCUGCUUGCUUGAGGGCCGAACAAUUACGUUUGUUGCAAGAACGUAAAUCCCUAAUGGCAGGGGGCAGUGGUGGCGGCGGCGGUGGUGGUUCUUCAUCAACCGAUUCGGCUUCGAGUGGUGGCAAUUCUUUAUCGGACAAUAAUAAUCCUUUGAAUACAGCAGAUUUGAAUAGUUUUUGGAGCAAACGACCACCAGAGCGUUUGGGCAGUUCGGCUUUAGUGUGUCCUGGUGGUGAAAAAUAUUUCAUAAAUGAUCGCGAUGAAAUCAAAUUGAAUGCAUCUGGACGUCAGGUGUUUGUUAUCAAUAAGAAUCUCAAAUUUUUCAAAUUGGACUCUGUGAGAAAAGCUAAAAUGUGUCAUUCACGCAUUACCCAAUGUAAAUUCAAGCGUUUCCAACAAUUUGCCCAACGUUGGCUGACAACACAUGUCACGGCCGAACAGCAGCAACAAUGUAAUGAAUGGCUACUGGGCAAUAAUAAUAAUAACAACAAUAAUAGUGCAACACCAUCCGCAACAACACAAACGAAUACUUGGCUAUUGCCAAAAACAAAAGUAAUUGUGCAAAAUGAUUUAAAAAAGACACCCUAUCGUCCAUAUCAACGUUAUAAAGUAUUAAACAGUGGCUCCGGCAGCGUUAAUAAUCUAAAUAGUAUUAACAGCUCGACCAGCAGCAACUUGUAUAAUGCCGCAGUUAGCAGUUUAGUUAAUGCUAGUAUGGCCAACAUGAAUGUCAGCUUGGUGAAUACCAAUACCACCACAACAACCUCUGCAGGAGCAGCAGCAAUGACGGCGGCAGGUGUAUCCGGUGUAAAUUUAAAUACAUUGGCUAGUGUUACCGCUUUAAAUGUGGCCGGCGAUGGUACAAUAACGAAUGUAACAAAUUUAGCACCCACACCUCACUGCAAUAGUGUGUCGGGUUUAACACAAUCGUCGGUGGUGGUGGUGCAAGAACAACCCGCUCAAGUUAGACCUAUGGAAAGUUAAUUCAUUGAAAAUCAUUAAGAAAAUAUUUUAUAAAAACGCUUCCAUAUUUUGUUUUUAAUAUAGAAAAAAACAAACUCCCUUGCAUUUUAACUUUUUAUAAUUUUCCUAAUUUUUUUUCACUCUUUUUUUUUGUAAAUUUAAGCUGUUUGAAAUUGUUUAUUACAAAAAAAUAAAAAAAGAGAAACAAUUAAAAAAAAUAAAUAUUAAGUUUUAAGUAAAUUAAGGGCACUGUUUCACUAAAUGAAAGCGAACCUUUUUCAAUAUAAAAUAAAAUGUUCGCUUGCAUUUAAAGAAACAGGUCUUAAAUUAAUAAAAAUAAAAAAUAAAACAAAUAUUAAAUCCAUAUUGUUGUACAGUAGACUUUAAUAUUAAAUAAUAAUAAAAUAUAAAUCUAACUUGAUUGCUAUAAAUACAUAAUUAAAUAAAUAAUGAUUCCUUAUUUAAGAAAAAAUUAA